ACAUCUCUAUAGUAGACCCGUAUAGUAAUUCUUAGUGAUAAAAGACGCACGGGUGACCUCCCACGUGACCUUCCCCAGACAUAGCGGUGCGGAGUAAGUACGGAGCGGAGUAGUUCGGGAGUCUUUAGAAUCCCCCGACAGCUUCACCUCAACUCGAAUCCCGAUACACUCAGUCACUCCUACAUCCCCUCACCAUACUCGGGCACACGCCCCAAUCGCACAGCCCAAGUGGCGCGGGACAUAACCCUUCUCUCCCCCACCCAAUACUACAACAUGGACUUCUACACCUCCCCCCAUAACCACACCAAGAACCCCGGAUCGGCCGUCUCCCCAACCGCAUCCGCAACCACAUCGACCCGCGAACCCAAGCUUCAACUCCCCUCGACCACCGACCCACCGGGCCCCUCCAACCCCCCAAAGCCCCUAGUAUGGCUCAUCUUCGGCGCAACAGGCCAUAUGGGCCGCUCGCUCGUCAAAACGGCUCUAUCGCGGAAUGACCUCGUCAGCGCCGUUGGCCGCACCUUCGAAACCAGCCCCGCAGCCAUGUCCAAGCUCGAACAAGAACACCCCAAUAAGUGUCUCGGACUACUCUGCGACGUGCGCGCCCGCCCCACCGUCCAACGCGUCAUCGACGCCACGAUCGCGCGCUUCGGGCGCAUCGACAUCAUCGCAAAUUGUUCCGGGUACGGAGUAAUCGGGGCGUGCGAGGACCAAGACGAAUACGAUAUCCGGGACCAGUUCGAGACGAAUUUCACAGGCACAUUGAAUAUGAUUCAGUUGUCGUUGCCGCAUUUUCGGGAGCGCGGGGCCGGGCGGUACUUGAUUUUCAGUUCGACGUCGGGGGCCCUGGGAGUGCCGGGAUUGGGACCGUACUGUGCGAGUAAGUAUGCGGUUGAGGGGUUGAUGGAGAGUAUGCUCUAUGAGGUGGAUCAGUUUAAUAUUAAGACGACGCUGGUGGAACCGGGGCAUAUGAGACGCGAUGAUGUGGGGGAUUUGGUGGGUGGUGUUGAGGAGAGUAUCUUUGGCGGUGGUGGUGGGUAUGGCGCGGAGGAAGAGCAGGAUAGUGCCAACAAUUUGGCGCUGGGGUCACCGUUACCGCUUUAUGGCCAUUUCUUGGUCAAGCCGCCGAGCGAGCCGUAUAAUACGCCUACGUCGCCGGCGGCGCAUGCGAAGCGCAUGCUCAUGUGGUUGGGGGAUAAGCAGCCGGCAAGUGCGGUUAAGGCGGCGCAUUUGGUUUGGCAGUUGGGUCAUUGCUCGUAUCCGCCGUUGAGGUUGAUUUUGGGGACGUAUGCCGUGGAGAGUAUUCGGGAUCGCUUGAAGUGUAUUAUCGAGGAGAUCGAGGAUUGGAAGUACCUCAGUUUUCCGACGGGGGAGCAGCAGGGGCAGCAGCAGGGGCAGGUGAAGGAUAAGGGACCUGCUUCUGUGUCGGGGGGCCGAGAGGGUGAUGAGAUGGAUGUGAAGUGAUGACGAUAUAGGUUCAACUGACUAUGACUAUAGCUGAUUGAGCAGCGAAUCCCGCGAUAGCAAUGUCGCAGUGGUAAGGCCACUGCAGAGUCAAGCGCAGCUGGAGUACAUGUGCCGGAACUGGAUAGGGCACUUCGCAGGCCCUGAAGGGGAUCUGCCUG